AUGAAGACGUCCUUCGCUGCUGUUGCCGUCUCCCUGGCCUCUGUUGCCUACUCUCAGAGCAUCUCCGACCUUCCCAGCUGCUCGCUCAACUGCUUCGUCGACACUCUGGGCAGCGAUGGCUGCGCGUCCCUGACCGACUUUGAGUGCCACUGCAAGGUCCCCGGCCUGACCGACCAGAUCACUCCCUGCGUCCAGAAGGCUUGCUCUGCCUCUGACCAACAGGCCGUUGCCUCGCAGGUCGUUGCUCUCUGCGAGCAGUACGGCAUCACCAUCACUGUGCCCACUGCCUCGUCUAGCGCUGCUCCUUCGUCCAGCGCCGCCGCCAGCACCCCGGCCGCUUCCUCUGCUGCCGCCACCACCGCCGAGUCCUCUGCUGCUGCCACUACCCCCGCCUCCGCAUCCAGCUCGGCCGCUGCCACUUCUACCGUGACUUCCUCCCCCUCGGCUACCGACGUCGUCAUCUCCACCCCGGUUGCCACUCCGACCACCCCUGGCGCCUCGACUCCCGGCGGUGCCACUCCGACCCCGUCCCAGUUUGAAGGUGCCGCUCCCACCGCUGGCGUCUUUGGUGGCGUUGUCGGCCUUGCCGUCGCUGUUGCCGCGGUUGCCGGCUUGUAA